AUGUCUGACCAGCAAAAGGGACUUUUAAAGGUUGUUUCACUUAUCUUCCCUAGAGGUGAAACUAGAUGUUGUGCAAGGCAUGUGUACUGCAACUUCAGGACUGUCUUUGGGGGUGGGCUGCAAUAUAGGAGAGGAUUUUGGAAGAUUGCAAAGAGCACAACAGAUAAUGAAUUUGAGGCAAACAUGGAGCUCUUCUAUGAGAUCAAUACAAAGGCUGCCCAAGACUUGAGGAAAAGGAAUUAUGUGAAGUGGGUGAGAGCUUUCUUCACCCCGCAAUCACAAUGUGAUAGCAUAGACAAUAAUAUGAAUGAGGUCUUUAAUGCAUAUAUAUUGGCAUCAAGGCAUAACCCUAUUAUUACUAUGCUUGAAGACAUAAGAGAGGGAUUGAUGGAGAGGAUGCACAAAAAAAGGGACUUCAUACAACGCAAAGACAUUGCAAUAUGCCCUAGAAUUCAGAAGAAACUUGAGAAAGCUAAGAUUGAUGCAAGGGGCUGGAUUGCAUAUUGGGAUGUGUAUGGAGUCAGGGAAGGGGGCACUCAAACAAGGUAUGUGGUGAGCUUUCUAGAGAGGACUUGUAGCUGCAAUGCUUGGCAUAUUAGUGGUGUUCCUUGCCACCAUGCUGUCACAACAAUUUGGAAAGCCAUGGAGCAACUUGAGCAUUAUGUUUCCCAUUGGUUCACUAAAGACACUUACCUAAAGGCUUACCAAUGUCCUUUAGAGCCUCUUAAUGGACCAGAUGAAUGGCCUCAAACAUCAUAA